ACUUCUCUGUCUCCUCUAAGCAGGGUUAAGCCACUGACUCCCACAGCAUUGGUGUUACUGCUGUAAACCAUAUUUUCUUUGCCUGAGAAUAUGGUUUACUGUGUUGUGCCUUUCUCAUCCACUAAACUGUAUGCUCUUUACAGAAGGGACCAUGCCUUCACAUCUUCUUUAUUUCUAUGUUUCCCACCAAGCACAGUGCCUCAUCCCUAGAAAUAAUUCAAGACAAGCAUUAACUGAAGUAACUCAACCAAACUAAACUAUUAACAGUUAUAAGAUGCUUUCUUAACCAUGUUCAUAUACACAUUUAGUAUAGGUCACUAACUACAGCAGAUGAAAAAGCACUCCCAAAGAGACCCACUGGGAGCUUCCUGGCCUUCCAUCUGGUUCAGCCAGCACUGAAUACUAACUACCCUCUGGAAUAAGACCACACUCCUUCACAUUUCCUCCUCUAGAACUCUUUCCUACUUCAUACACAAACACUGCCAUGAGAAGAUCACGGCUCAACUGUAUUAAUGAAUUAAAUUAGGUAUUCAUUACCAGAGUGUAAGUUCCUUAGGUCAGAAUUCAGGCCCUCCAGAUUCUGGUCCAGAUUGCCUCUAACAGUUUUACUUUGCUCCUUUAACAGUUAGCCACCAGUUCCCAAACAUCCCGUCCUUUGUUGCUUAUAUAUUUUUGCUCAUCUCUUAUAUCUGAAAACCCUCUUCUCUCCCUUUAUGAGCACCCUAAUAUUCUUUCAAAGUCUUAUUCAAAUAUCACAUCAUCCAUGAUUCCCAUAGAUAGAAGAGACAAUGGAUGGAGUCUAUUUAGAUUUACAAUAGAAAACUAUGAGUUUCAAAAUGACAGAUUGUUUAAAAAGAUCAAACCAUUGCUAUUUCUAUAGGUAGGGAUAAGACCAAAUUUAAGAAAACAUAUAAAAGUAAAUGAUUGUUUGAUCUCAUUUUCUUGGUAAAAAUAGGAAGCAAGGUCAUCAUGCAAAACCAAUGGGGAAUGAGGUUUUAGAGUUUUGUCUAGGAGAAAGGGAAAAGAAUGGAUUAAGCAGAUGUUAUCAGGCAGUACUUAAGAAGUCAUGAAUUUAAAAUGAAACCAGUUGGCAUGGUCCUGGGUUUCUUUUGUCAUAUUCAGGUGCCUGAGUCAGUCCAAGAGUAGGUGGAGAACUGAACCAGAGCUGGAGUUUACCAGAAGAGUAUGAGAGUAUAAGGGGCCAGAAAGCUUUUAGGGCAUGUGCAAAGGAGUGACAACAGUGAUACACAAUGGGAUCUAGGUUGGUAAGAAAGAACUGAGUGUACUGGGAAGUAUAGAUAAAAGGCACUAAAAAAAUAGUAAGAUCAAUAUAUUUUAGGUACCAAUAAAUUGAAGAAUUUUUGCAGUUAAGAGUUUCUAUAUGGAGCAAAUUAUGAAGAAAGAUGAUACUGGUCAGAGUGUGAAAGGGUUGCAGCACCAGUAAUGAUGAUAAGGCCCACGGUGUGGGUGCAGGAAUGGUGAGGAAGACUGGAGGAAAUAUAACUGAAGGAAAAAGAUCAAGGGCCUCUGACUCUACUUAAAUAACUACUUAAAAGCCCAAAUAUACACAGUAUUUACAUUCUACCAAGUUCUAGUGUCUGACGAGGAAGAAGAAACUGAGACGUUUGAGUCUACAGCAGCCUUUCUAAAAUGAAGUUCUAUCAGAGAAAAUGAUGUAAGUAACUAUUUUCUCAAUUAUCUCAAUGAUGAAAAGUACCUAGUACCAUUCUAGAUAAAUAGGAGAUAAAUCAUUUCAUUAUAUACAAUGAUGUGUUAGAACACUAAUUUUCUCAUGAAACCCUGGAUGAGAAGGACAGAGAAAAAUGAACUCAGAAUAAAAGCAGUAUGUCGCUGCUUCUUUUUUAACCAUUUCCUAAAUAACAUACUUACUCCAUCUGGUUCACUUUCCAAUUUGCAAAGCACAUUCACAUGCACAUCUCAUAUGACCCUAACAACUACCAGGUGGGAUAAGCAGGCAAGCAAUUAUAAAUCUCAAUUUAUUGAUGAGGCAAGAGGCAGAUAUGGUAAGUGACUUGACCAUCAUAAGUGACAGGAUGAAAUGAAGGUUUUCGGGCUCUUCAUUUACGCAAUCCACCAUUCACUACAACUUCAAGUUUCAGCAAAAGUGUUAAUUGUCUGUCUUUCUCAAGUUGAGCACUCACUCCUUUACAGUCCUACUUCUCACACACUCCCGUCCACUGCAUUAUACAUUUCUCUGAUUUUCCACUAGACUUAAACUCCUGGGAGACAGAACAGAGUGUUUUUAAUAUCCAUAUAUGUAGAAUUUAACUCAAAAAUGUUAGUAGAAAGAAGGAAGCUAGGAAGGUAAUAAAAAAUUCAAAGAAUAACCUAUUAGAAACUAAAACUUGGUAGAAUGUAAAUAUCAUAUUUUCGGAUUUUAAGUCAUUCAUGUAGACUCAGAGAUAAAAUAAUUGGAUUUUGGAAACUGUUUCAUAGGGAAAAACUGAAGUCAUGGUUAGGCUUGGACAGAAAACACAAGGAGGAAACAUGAUAGCUAUUUUUAAUAUCUCAAGCUCUCACAUAAAAGGAAAUGUUUCAUGUUUUCCAAAGGGCAAAAAAGAGCAUCAGCAAACAGAAGUUGCAGUGGAAAAUUUUUGGUUAAUAUUAAGAAAGAAUCUCCUAGAUAAAUGAUCUCUAACUAAAACAAAGGGUCUCUCCUCUCAUCGGUAGUGGCCAUCACUGAGGGAGCAAGCAGUCCGUGAGAACACUCAGCAUUUAGAGUGGAGGAAACACCAGCUUUGGAGUUGAGAUCAUACUAUCAUUGCAAAUCUACAGUAAGCAAGACAAACUGAGAUUCUCCUACAAGAUGGUUAUUUGUUUGAUUCAAUGCAAUAUGUGACUUUAAAAAGAAAAAACUUCCUUACUGGUACUUAAACAUUAAUUUUGGCUUAAGCAUUGCCCAUUCAUUCUGGACAUUCUUUCAUAUAUUUCAAUACCGAUAUAGAUGUGUUUUAUAUAAUUGGCAGUUUAUACAAGAAUUAUUCUAAGCUUCAUUCACUUUUAUAUUUCCUUUUUCCUUGCACUAGGACAAAAGAAAAUAUGGGUUUUUUAAGUACAGUAUGUGUCUUUUUCUUCUUUCUUGGAGUCAAAGUAUAUUGCCAAUAUGAAAAUUAUCAAUGGGAUGAAGAUUAUGAUGAAGAGCCAGAUGAUGUCUACCAACCAGAAUUUCAAUUGCGUCAAAAUGUAGACUAUGGAGUACCUUUUUAUCAGCAUCCUUUAGGCUGUGCCAGUGAAUGCUUCUGUCCACCUAACUUUCCAUCAUCAAUGUACUGUGAUAAUCGCAAACUCCAGACUAUCCCAAAUAUUCCAGCACACAUUCAGCAAGUCUAUCUCCAGUUCAAUGAAAUUGAGGCUGUGAAUACAGAUUCAUUCAUCAAUGCAACUCAUCUUAAAGAAAUCAAUCUCAGCCACAACAAAAUUAAAUCCCAAAAAAUUGAGCAUGGUGUGUUUGCUAAGUUGUCAAAUCUAGUACAACUUCACCUACAGCAUAACAAUUUAGAAGAAUUUCCUUUUCCUCUUCCUAAGUCUUUGGAAAGACUUCUUCUUGGUUACAAUGAGAUCUCCAGACUGCAGACAAAUGCCAUGGAUGGGCUAAUAAAUUUGACCAUGCUCGACCUCUGUUAUAAUCAUCUUGAUGAUCCCAUGUUACAAGAAAAACAUCUUGCUAAAAUGGAAAAAUUAAUGCAGCUCAAUUUAUGUAAUAACAGAUUAGAAUCAAUGCCUCCUGGCUUGCCUUCUUCACUUAUGUAUCUGUCUUUAGAAAAUAAUUCGAUUUCUUCUAUACCAGAAAAUUACUUUAAUGAACUUCCAAAACUUCAUGCUCUAAGAAUGUCACACAACCAACUACAAGACAUUCCGUAUAAUAUUUUUAAUCUUUCCAACCUUAUAGAGCUCAAUGUUGGACACAACAAACUGAAGCAAGCAUUCUAUAUCCCGAGAAAUUUAGAACACCUCUACCUAGAAAAUAAUGAAAUUGAAAAUAUCAAUAUUACAGCGAUGUGUCCAUCUGUUGACCCAUUAUAUUACCAUCAUUUAACAUACAUUCGUGUGGACCAAAAUAAGCUAAAAGAGCCUAUAAGCUCAUACAUUUUCCUCUGCUUCCCCCACAUACAUAGUAUUUAUUAUGGUGAACAAAGAAGCACUAAUGGUCAAACAAUACAACUGAAGACCCAAGUUUUAGGGAGACUUCAAGAUGAUGCUGAUAGUGAAGAACAUGAUGAUCGUCGUGAAAGCCCAGAACAAGAAGGAACAGAAGAAAAUGUUGACCCUCACUAUUAUGGAAGUCGAGAAUGGCAAGAAACUAUAUAGGUAUACAUUUAUGACUCCACAAAAUCUUACAGCUCAUAGUAAUACAUCUAGAAUUGUCUUAGUAUAAGAUAAAGUACUUGAAUGUAAAUUGUUGAUAACAUCUCCAUCAUUACAUAGGAUUAGAACUUAAGUCUUUAGAAAUAUAAAUUAGAAUGACAAGUGGGAAUCAAAAACUACACUUUAACAAAAAAUUUAUCAUGUUGAGAAAAUGUCAAUAGGCUACUUCUAUUAACAGUAAUUUUUCUAAGAACGAUGAAAUAAAUAGCCUUGGGAGCUGAGAACUGUAAGCUAUUUGCUUUUAAUUACUAUGAGGAUAGAGUUUAAAUGCUAGGAGGUCACAUUAAUGUAAUGGCAGCAUUUGUUUAAGGAAUAGAUUAUUUUCUUUAAUCUGAUCUCCAGAAAAGCUUUCAUACUGGUAUCUGCGAUCUCAUCACCAUGACAUACAUCCCCCAGGCCCUACUAGAGCCAGAAUAUAUUUGAUUUUAGAGCAUAGAAUAUUUUUGAUUUUCAAAAGAGGCCAUCCUACUAAGGAUCUAAGGCAUGGAGAUUCACGAAAUCAAAGAGUCUUGUUUUUCUCUCAGAGCGCCAAAGCAACAAAAUUUUAAACUCUGUGUUUGGAUAACUAAAAAAUACCAAAUUAUUUCAUCUUAAUCUAUAUUUAGCAAAUUUCAGAAACUGUCCAAAAUAAUCUUUACUGUGUUCCAUUUUAACUGGGAUAAAUAUUUUUUUUAUUGUAAAUUCACUAGAGAAAGUUUUCCUUGUUUUAGUUACAUAAAGAUUUCCUAAUAAAUAACUGCUUUGUUCAUAAGGUUAAGUUAAUGUUAGCUCAAGAAAGUUUAUCAACAUUUUUAAACACUUCUAUUAUUCCAGCACAAUUAGUUAGAAACAUAUGUGUAACAGC